AUGUUUUUUGACAAGUUGUGCGUGUACCAAUACGACUCCGACUUGCGCCAGCAGGGUAUAGACUCCUUCGCGGCGUACAUUGCCCAGUGCGACGAAGUUCUCGUCCUGUGGAGCCCGGAGUACUUUACUAGGCUUUGGUGUACACUGGAGAUGGCGGCACUGGUGAAGACCCACUCCGAGUCAGGCAAGCUGCCUCUCUACUUCCUGCCUUUGGGCUUGGCCAAGGCGGCGUUCCUAUGCUGGAUCACCGUGGCGCUGUUGUGCUUCGCACGCGAGUUGCAGCUCUUGCUGUCAGAUGUGUGGUACUUGUCGAACGUUGUGCUCAUCCCCGCACUUGCCGCCAAUGUUCUGAUGUUUGGCCUGGCCAUUGACAGGUGCGCUUUUGAGUCGGAUCGUGAGACAGUCUACGAGACCAUCCGCGAGUGGUUCACGGAUCUGGAUGCAUUCAAUGACAAUGUCAGGCGGCACGUCCGUGACCACGUGGCGGGUUCCCUCGGCCCCGAAUUCCACUUCCCCAAGAGGCUCACUUUUCCUCCGAUGUUGUUUAGCGUGCUCUCGCAACUGGAUAGCAUCGCUGCUGGCGACUUUGAGACGCAGACGUUGUAUAAAAUCUUUGCCUUUGUUUCCGACGUUGCACGAUUGGGCGCACUGAUACCUAUGUUUAUUGUGCUGGCUUACUGCUUCGCCAAAAUGGCCCGGCGCUGGCUGGCACUGACGCUCUGGGUGACGUGCUCGCUGAGUUUGCAGAUCCUCUUCACAUUCGGAGAGCAAGUUCUGCAGGAAGGGGUGCCAGUGUGGGUGGGCGUUCUCGAGGUGCUAUCGCAGUGGUUGAUGUAUGUACUGCUGCUCCUUGCUGGCCCAGGUGUACCCUUUUGCCCCCUUUUUUUGGUUUCAGGGUUCCCUUAUAAAGUAACCACCAACCCACCAACCCCCCAAAGAAUGGGUACCCUUAUAUGGCUACCCUAA